AUGCAGGCGUAUAAAGGCAGAGCUGGGUCUUCCCCCAGGGAUCAGUCUGGGACAGCCCCGGCAGUUUUUGGCUGCCAUGUGGAAGAUCGUGCCAAGCGUGUCCAGCCCAUCCCGCUUCCAGCCAUGCAGCAGAACUUGAACUACAUGUACCCACAGAUCUUUUGGAUGGACGGCUGUACCAACGCAAGUACUUCCUGCCCCCCGGCACCUCCUGCCGCUCCUUUCCCACCACCGGUACCCGACCGGAGGAGAAAGCCAAGGAACAACAGGGAAAGGAGGAGCGUCGGCUUCCUGGUGACCUCCUUGCUGAUCCUGCUGGCCCUCACUGGAGUGGGGCUGAGCAUGUUUCAGAUUUUCCACCUGGAGAAGGAACUGGCUGAACUCAGGGAGUCUGCCAGCACUGAACACAUCCCUCCAGCUUUGGAGAAACUCAUAGGGCAGAAGGAGCAGUCAAUGAAAAAGGAAGCAAGUAAGGCAGCACAUUUAACAGGAAACCCUACCCAGCGGGACCUCCCUUUGGAGUGGGAACCCGUCUCUGGCCAUGCCUUCACCAACGGCAUUCAGUAUCGCGAUCAAGGCCUUCUCAUCAAUGAGACCGGCCUGUACUUCGUGUACUCCAACGUGCUCUUCCGGGGAAGCAUCUGCAGCAACCAGGUGUUGACCCACAUCGUCUACAAGAAAAACCCGGCCUCACCAGGCAGCCAUGUGCUGAUGGAGGACAAAGGCAUCAACUACUGUACAGGUCAGAAAACGUGGGCCCGGAAAAGCUACCUGGGGGCUUUAUUCAAGCUCAGGAAGAUGGACAGUUUGCAUGUCAACGUCUCUAAGAUCGCUCUGGUUAAUUUUGAGGAAUCAAAGACAUUCUUUGGCUUAUUUAAGCUUUAAAUGGGGCUGUUGGAGUGUGGCCAGCAGCCCCACGCACACUAAGA